UCGGCAAACACCGAACCUAAGCGUCCUUCUCGAGGUUGUGAGAGCAGGAGGAGGCAAAGAUGUCGGAGCGAAAAGUUUUAAACAAAUACUACCCGCCGGACUUUGACCCGUCAAAGAUCCCCAAGCUCAAGCUGCCCAAAGACCGGCAGUAUGUGGUGCGGUUGAUGGCUCCCUUCAACAUGAGGUGUAAGACGUGCGGAGAGUACAUCUACAAGGGCAAGAAGUUCAACGCGCGCAAGGAGACGGUGCAGAACGAGGCCUACCUGGGCCUGCCCAUCUUCCGUUUCUACAUCAAGUGCACGCGGUGCCUAGCAGAGAUCACCUUCAAGGUAGACGCCCGCCCGGCCGGGCUCCCGUCCUCUCCCUCCACGGGGCUCCCGUUCCACUCUGUCCCGGGAGACACACUCGUUCCCGGGAGCAUUAUGUACAGAGGCCCGGAUGUACAAUGUCACGGGAUUCGGGGAACAGACCGCACGGUGACGUGGCGCAUAGCCGGUCGCGAUCACAACUGUGUAAAGAAUUUGGGGAACAGUCGAGGACCUUACGGUCUGUCGGAGUUUCUUUUUACCAAAUGUUUUUCCCUUAGGGUAUAAAAAAAGUACGCUGGA